GCCGUACGUCAUUUCCGCUAAGCGUUAGCGUGAUGUUGUAAUAGAAAAACUUGUUCUCAACGAAACAGGAGGAAAAUUAACGUUAGAGAACUUAAUCUCAAAUAGAUUCCCACCUGAUCCCUGUUUUGCACCCCAAACUGUUCCUCUAACAAUCAAGUACAGUUCUUACAGCCAAAUCACAUCUCCACCAACCACACGUCUUCAGCUAGUUUUGUCUCUUCAUUGCUCCGUUUAGUUCAACACUUUUCCUCCAUCAUGGCCGAACCAGAGCUGCACACAGAGGUCCCCAAUGCUCUGAAACGGUUGGCCAAGCAAGUUGUGCGGGGCUUUUAUGGCAUCGAGCACGCUCUCGCUCUAGACGUGCUGAUCCGAAACCCUUGCGUGCGUGAAGAGGACAUGCUUGAACUGCUCAAAUUUGACCGCAAGCAGCUGCGCUCGGUGCUGAACACGCUCAAGGCCGACAAGUUCGUCAAGUGUCGCAUGCGGAUGGAAACGGCACCUGAUGGCAAGGCGACGCGGCACAAUUAUUAUUUUAUUAACUACAGGCUGCUGGUCAACGUGGUCAAGUAUAAGCUGGAUCACAUGCGCAGACGCAUUGAGACGGAUGAACGGGACUCGACUAACAGAGCCUCCUUCCGUUGCCCCUUCUGCCUUAGCACGUUCACGGACCUGGAGGCAAACCAGCUGUUUGACCCCAUGACUGAAAAGUUCCACUGUACCUUCUGCAAAACGGAGGUAGAAGAGGACGAAUCAGCUGUGCCAAAGAAGGACGCCCGCACUCUGGUGGCACGCUUCAAUGAGCAGAUAGAGCCCAUCUACGUAUUGUUGCGAGAGACUGAGAACAUCAACUUGUGCCAUGACCUCUUGGAGCCAGAACCGUCAGAAAUCCCAGCUCUGAAACAGAGUCGAGAGCGAGCCGCCCAGGCUGCAGCAGGUGGUGCAGGGGCACCCGGUCAGGAAACGUGGAAAACCAAGAGCACGACGUAUGACAUUUACCGUCAAGAUGUGGAUAUCAACAUGGAAGACCAGGAGUCUCAGUCUGGCCAGGCCGCUAAGGGCAAAGCCCCCAAAGAGAGGCCUGUAUGGCUUACAGAAAGCACAGUGCAGGGAGCGUUCAACGACACAGAUGCUGGAAAGCACACUGGCGAGGACUCCAUAGCAACCCAGGAGGAUGUGAGUGGACGAGGAGCCACGCAGGAUGAGAAUGAGGAGGUGAUGCUGGCUCUCCUCAUUCACGAAAAGAGAAGCGGAGCUGGACCAGGAGGCGCCGUCGUCUCCAAACAGACCAUUCCGACCGCUAAUGCCAGCGACUCUGACAGCGAUACCAGCGAGUCAGACGAGGACUCUCCGCCCCAGGCUCCAGCCCACACGGCGCACAACGCCAGCGCCUUGCGGCCGGGUAGACAAGAGGAAGAGGAGGAGGAAGAUGAUGAGUUUGAGGAGGUUGGUGAUGACCCUGUGGUUAUGGUAGGUGGAAGGCCGUUCUCCUACAGAGAAGUGAGCCAGAGGCCCGAGCUGGUGGAACAGAUGAGCGCUCAGGAGAAAGAGGCGUACAUUGAGAUGUGCCAGAACCUCGUCCAGGACAUGUACUUCUGAGAAGAUUGUUUCUCAACCGGCUGUACUACACUGGCUUUUACCUUCUGUAUCCUACUGGUGCGUUGUGUGGUGUGCCAGUGCUGAAAAUUAAGUGUUACACCUUAAACAUUCUUGUCAUUAAACGUUCACACAACUCUUUGCCAUAUUCGCAUAACUGCUGUCCAAACCACUCUGGUGCCAAUAGACCGAAGUAUCUGUUCUCACGGUUGUAAACAAAAGUAUCAUACACAUUGGCACACAUGCUCUCAUCGCUACUUUUCUUUGUAAUUCACUUUGGUUUGUGCAUAACGCCGUCUUGCCACAUUCAGAGACUUGUAAACAAAUAACAGUGUUGCACUAGUGUCCUCUGGGAUGGUUUCAUUCAAGAAAAGAUGAACAGAAAUUGUCCUGAGGCUCUUCUGACCAGAUUAACAUUUGGACUACAGAGAGAGGUCCUGUCUUGUAAAGCUUAGACUCACUUUUGGCUUUAUUUUUGCUUAAAGCAACAGAGAUCUCCUAUGUUGUGUCUUUUUUCAUGUGAGCAGUAUUUAGCAGGGCUUGAUGAUAAUACAUGGAGUUAUGAUAUGUUUGAUCGCUUUCCUUUAAAAGAAGAGACAAGCACUUUCUUCUGAUCUCUGAAUAAAUGCCUGUUACUGUCUGCAGUUUGUUUGUCUAUAAGUGAAAAAUAGAUGUUUUUUUAUUUUUCAGUUUUGUUAGACCUUUUACAGCAAUAAACAUCUGAGUGUGAAGUCUUAAAGCGGCGUGUUUAUUAA